AUGCCAGUCACUCAGCUGUCCCAGCUCAAGCCGGGCCAAUUUGUUUCGAUCGUCCUCAAAGCGGACCAAAGGACCGGACGACAAGUUCAAGGCACCGUGUCCCAACUUCUCACCCGCCACAAUCAUCCUCGAGGGAUCAAGGUCAAAUUGGCCGACGGCCGAGUCGGACGUGUCCAACAGAUUCUCACCCAAGCGCAACCUUUGUCGCACGGCAGGAUGUCGUCGAAUAACCCCUGGGCAAGCGCCGAAAGCCAGGGGAACCCUUACACUUCUCCCACCUCCAACCAACAGAACCAAGGCGCAGCGCAAUCCUACUAUCAGUCCCGUCCUUCGCAGAACCAGUCACAGCAAUAUCAGCAAUCACAGCAACAUUCAGCCACGCCGGCGCAAGGAAUCAACCGCUCCGACACCGAACAGCUGUUGGCGCAGCAGAGCGACCGAGCAGAACAAGUCGAGCACAUGCAGCAGUACGAAGCGAAUGCUCCACAAACAGAGGACGACAGGAUCCAAGCGCAGCUCCAGCGAGAGUUCCCGAACAUUGACAGCAGUUUAAUAGCUGCAAUCUACAAUGAGAGAAAAGGGCAGGGCGACCUCGGCGAGGUCCGGGAGUUGUUGCAAGAAUUGAAUACCAAUUGA